CUGGGGCAGCACACACAGCAAGCAGUGCAGCAGUGCCCUUUAAUAUCUAUCCUAUCUAAUACUCGUUCACACGAAGCUCAGAUGAUGGCGAAGACUCUCCUGUGCGGUCUCGUGGCCCUCCUCCCGGCUGCGCUCGGUUUCGUGGUACCGACCGCCUCCAGCAGCGCCUUUGCAAGCGGAAGCGGGGUCGCUCAUGUUUCGGCGACCACCGCACCAUCGGCGGUCAGCAGGCCCACCAUGGCCAUGGAGCGCUCGUACAUCAUGAUCAAGCCGGACGGCGUACAGCGAGGCCUUGUCGGAAAGAUCAUCACUCGGUUCGAAGAGCGCGGGUACAAGCUCGCGGGUCUCAAGCUCAAGCAGGCCGACGAAGCCCUGCUCAAGAAGCACUACAAGGACCUCGUCGACAAGCCAUUCUUCCCGAAGCUGCUGGCCUACAUGAUCUCGGGGCCAGUGGUCUGUAUGGCCUGGGAGGGCAAGGACGUGGUUGCGAUGGGGCGCAAGAUGCUGGGAGAGACCAACCCGCUUGCGAGCGCACCGGGGACCAUCCGUGGAGACUUCUGCUUGGAGGUGGGGCGAAACAUCUGCCACGGGUCUGACUCGAUAGAGAACGCGAACAAGGAGAUCGCUCUGUGGUUCGGGGAAGCGGAGGUAGUGGACCACGAGUCCGCCAUGCAGGACUGGAUCUACGAGUAGGAGAUCGAUAUGUUGAGGAUCUCCGGUCUGUUGACGAAUAGACAGAUAGAUGAUGAGUUGCGGGCGAAUGAGAGAGUCAUCUCAGACAUUUGUCGCUUCAAGGGUCCAUUGAUCGAUUUCUCUCUAGGUCCACCGUUAGAGCCCUUUUUGUUUUGGGGUGAAUAAGGUCGGGGUUUAGGGUUAUUAACCCCAUUAUCUCCACAAAUUAUCUCCACAAUCAUGCCACGGACUUGAGGUCCAAACUACAAGUGGUCGGGAUUUGUCUCCGGGCUGCACACUUGCCGCGUAGGUGGAUGCUGACCUUAUGUUUUCAACCUUCUCCUUUGAUACCGCGGCUGACGUGCGACUCGAGUGUUGUUUAGUCCUCAGUCCCGAGCAUUUGCUUUUUUUUUGUGUUGUCCUCUCAAACACGCCCAAAGAUAGCAGAGAAAGCAUGCCGUGCGGUAGGACGCAAGGUGGAGUGCACACGCACGUGUUGGUUGCUCUCAUUUUGCGCCCGGGGUUUGCAGCGUUUAUUUCAUUUGUCGGGUGUUAUAAUGUUGUAUGCAGAUGAGAUUAAAAUCUCACCAGCACACCAGACAGGCAGCGUUAGUAGAUGCUCCUCCCCCAACACGUGGGCGUGUGCUCCAACUGCUUGCGGGUUGGUAGAUACUCGAAAAUUGAUUCUUUCGGCCCACAGAUGGUAGGCAGAGCCAGCCCGUAUCUAAGACUCCAUGCACUAUUAAGGGCUGUUUUGGCUAUCAGGCUGCGCCUUGGUAUAGGCCGUCGUUGAACUUUGUUCCUUCCGAUGCGCCUCUUGUGCUUCGAUUUUGGGAUGAGGAUGGUUUGGGUCAAGUGCACGAACAACUCAGCAACACGCGUUUUGCGGCUGCUGCUGCGGCGGCGUGGCUGUCUGUCUUUGCAGCCCUGCCAGGGGGUCGUUGCCGGGAAGAGUCUCCGGCAAAUGCAUGCUUUGGCGAUUGAGCGGUAAGCCUGUGUCUGGAGCUGGGUGAUAUAAUGUAGACCGCACAUGCGCGUACACCUCCAAGCACAGUGGACCCUACCGAAGAG